UGGAUUACCACAAUACGAGGACAACUGAAUGAAUUCAUUUCUUACAAUGACUACAAAGUUGAAAUCAAUGUCAUCUCAUCCGCUGUUUGGUGUUUAUCUGGCGUUCACUAUCAUACUACAUGGUACAUUAUCAUCGGCACAGACAGAUAACUGUGGCUGUCAAAAUGGUGGAAGAUGUAUCGAGAAGUUUGGAACAACAUACUGUUUUUGCACUCUCGGAUUUGUCGGGGAACAGUGUGAAAUAGCUGUGCCUGGGACUGCAGCGCCUGAUUGUAUGUAUGAUGGUGAUUGUAACUAUAGUGGAAUUUGUUUUGAUGGACGAUGUUCAUGUAAUGUUGGUUACUCUGGCAUUCAUUGCGAGUAUUAUCAAAGCUCUUCUACGUGUACUAUAUUCUCAUCAGACUGUAACCAUGGUUACUGUUCUGGUGGAUACUGUUCUUGUGAUAUUGGAUGGUCUGGUACGUUCUGCGAUGUACGAGAUGAAUGCACCUAUAACUAUGACUGUGGUAACAAUGCCCAAUGCUUGAAAGGAUUGUGUUCAUGUAAGGACGGAUACUCUGGUGAUGACUGUGAAGUUUUUGAAUGCACUGCCUUCAAUUCAUGUGGUAGUUAUGGUUACUGUAGUGCUGGUAUCUGUGAGUGCAUCAUGGGAUAUUCUGGUACAUUUUGCGAUGUAAAAGACGAUUGCAUGUUUAACUCUGACUGCACUAAUGGAUACUGUUCAUCUGGUAAGUGUAUCUGUUACUACGGCUUUAGUGGUUCCAAAUGUGACGUGGAAACUCAUACUGACUGUUCUACUGAUUCUGACUGUAACAACAAUGGCUAUUGUUCUAUUGGAUUGUGUUAUUGUGAUCCUGGAUACAGUGGUUCAACCUGUCUGGAAUAUUCUGACUUGACUGAUGAUGAGUCAAGAAGUCAAACAACAUACAUUCAUUACAUCAUUGGUUUUGUAGUUCUGACUGUCAUUGCCAUAGCGAUAUGCAUUAUCCGAAUGUCUCUGAGAACCCAAGGACGUAAUGUAGCCAAUACUACAAGAUUCACCACUGUGACAACAAAUGAGAGGCAUCCAGUAACUGCCACAGUACCGCCACAACCACCAUCUUCACAACAACCAUAUCAGCAUUACCCUUCUUGGUAUGAACCAUUUCAAAGCAGUCAACAGAACAGACGGGCUGAUACAACGGUUCCUAUUGUGAUCACACCACCGCAACCAUCAGCACCAGCAAUAGAACAACCCCCGGCAUAUAACAGUGUGACUAAUGAUCCCGGAGAAGAAAAUCUUCCGCCACCUCCAAGCUAUGAUGCCGCAAUGGAGAUGAGAGAAGGGGAUGUAACUGGUAAUAUUCCAAAUCUGUACAGUGCUCCGCAACCAGCUCUGGCAAGAGAAGAUAGAGUAGUAUAA